GGUCUGCGGUUGGCCAAUUACAGCUCAGAUGCACAGAUGUGUUACCAUGGUUAUUCAUGAAGCGAGCAGGUCGCGGAAGCCAGUAGUCUAUUUGCGCAUUUCAGCAAACAAGUAAAUAACGAGGAGGUUAUUGACUUUUAGCUAAACGGGAAUGACAUGUCAAGUACGCGUUACCGAGGAAACGGCCUUGGUCUCCCGAGAGCUACCAGAGUUAUUUUCAGGCUGGAUUGAAUGAAAUGGUCUACCGAAGAGUCAACCGGAGAAAACAACUCAGUUAAAUUAAUUGGUCCGUCGGAUAGAGAACCUUACACGGCCAACCUAAAUCGACGUUUUAAUUUCAAUGAAUUUAAAAUAAAUAGCUCGCAAAUACUUAACCUACCUGCGUAAUGGGUGCGCGGAAAUUGAUAUUUUAUUGGUCCGAGGAAAGGCAUAGCCUAUUCGCUUGACGAGACGGAUUUGAAUAUACACAAACAUGAAAUAAAUAAGUAUUUUUAUCUGUCAGAUGGAGAAAUAUGAAAAGCUGUCCAAGAUCGGAGAGGGUUCGUAUGGAGUGGUAUUUAAAUGCAGACACAGAGAAACUGGACAAAUCUUCGCCAUUAAAAAGUUUGUUGAAUCGGAGGACGACCCAGUCAUCAAGAAAAUAGCACUGAGGGAAAUACGCAUGCUGAAGCAGCUGAAGCACAAUAACUUGGUGAAUCUCCUGGAGGUGUUCAGGAGGAAGCGGCGACUCCACCUGGUCUUUGAGUUCUGUGAGCAGACGGUCCUAAACGAGCUGGACAAACACCCCAGAGGGGUCCCAGAGGCGCAGCUGAAGAGCAUCGUGUGGCAAACGCUACAGGCCGUCAACUUCUGCCACAAACACAACUGUAUCCAUCGUGAUGUGAAGCCAGAGAACAUCCUCAUCACCAAAACAGGGGUCAUCAAGCUCUGUGACUUUGGGUUUGCCAGGAUUCUUACCGGGCCCGGUGAUGACUACACAGACUAUGUGGCAACCCGGUGGUACCGCGCCCCGGAGCUCCUGGUGGGCGACACUCAGUACGGCCCGGCCGUGGACAUCUGGGCUUUGGGCUGUGUGUUUGCUGAGCUGCUCCACGGAAACCCUCUGUGGCCUGGUCGCUCCGACGUCGACCAGCUCUACCUGAUCAGACGCACUCUAGGUGACCUGAUCCCCCGCCACCAACAGGUGUUCCGAUCCAACGUGUUCUUCAGCGGAGUCAGCAUCCCUGAGCCUGAUAUAACAGAGCCUUUGGAGAAGCUCUUCCUCGGCAUGUCACCCAACGCCCUGACUGUCAUGAAGUCCUGUUUGGUGAUGGACCCAUCGCUGCGUCUCUCCUGUGAGGGCCUGUUGGAGUUGCCCUACUUCCUGGAAGAGGGCGGAGCUAGCUGGGGUCGUGAGGGGGACCGCCUCGGGAGACGCCAUGACAACAAAAACUCCAGACGACGACAGAUUGGGCCCCAGUACCUUCCUCAGCUGCCCAGCAACAACAUCUCUCCUGCUCCAGAGACCAAGAAACAGAACAAACAUAAAUACACAGACCAUCACCUACCCAACAUCUGAGAGAGAAGCAGAGAAAGAGAGGCAUGGAAUGGAGAAGGGAAAGGAAAGAGAGAAAUAGAAGGAGCAUCCAGACUGUCUACCUUUAACUUGCUGUAGUAGCUUUUGAGGAAAAACUGGAUACUGUUAGAGGCUGAUGUAUAGAAUUAACUAAAAAUGAUUUGCACUAAGCUGGUUUUUGCACCAACCUUAUGUUCUAGAAUGUUAAGAGAAUUUUAGAACUGCAGUAACUGUUACGACUGGUGUGCCUCGUCUGCCCAUCCUUGUAUGUAAAUGCGCUAGUCUAUAGAGAUACUCAGUUUUCAGAUAACAAUAAUAGAAUAUGUAAUUAUAGAAUGGUCAGCAAAAUGAUGUCAUAACCUGUGUUGAAGUGAUGCUGUACCACAUUUGUCUCAUUGUAGCCAGGGGUUUAUAAAGUAGUGCUCACAAGCCCAGAAAUGAAUGUAGUCGUUUGUUUUGUAUCACGGUUGUGUGUUACUGUAGAGGACGCAAUGAUCGAUCUGUGUCAGCUGUCAGCUGUGAAAGCACCAUGGUUGUGUUGAAAAAUACUUUGAAAAAUUGGAAAAAUGAACCCGGAAAAUUAGGGAAGCACUGUGGGACUUUUUCUGACUGCUCACUCACUGCUUCCCCUGUCGAUAACUUUCUGUAAAGUCAAUUCUUGGAGAGCGUGUUUUAGCAGAAUAUGGUACUUCUAAAAUUUUUUGUUUCAAAUCAUAAUUCCUCGCGGACAGACUAUGUAAACAGAGAUUGUAAUAUAGAUCUGUCAUGAAACUAUGUAAACGGGUUGUAAUAUAGAUCUGUCAUGAACUUGUGUAAACAGAGAUUGUAAUGUAGAUCUGGGAAGUGAGAUAACAGGCAGUGUUAGUUCUGGUGUGUUGAACUGGGUCCAGUCCUUGUCAUCUCUCAUCUAACCAAAUUUUAUUUCUAAUAUAAGGCUUUGGCGUGAAAUCCACAACCAGUUUAUUAGCCUGUACUGUGCCGAAGUCUAAAGUCUGACUGAUAACUGUUCAGGAUCCAAUUUUAGGCUUAAAAAAAGAAUGCAGCUGUAUGUUUUGCAGUCAAGACAAUUUAGAGUUGUAAUGAUAAUUGUCAAGGUCAAUAGUAUUUACAUGCUAAUUUAGAGGCAGCAGAUGGGUGUUUUCCAUACUUUAUGAAUAACUCCAGAAAUGUGUGUUAUAUAACAAUAUGUCCAGUGAUAAAUGGUACAGCGGGAAUCAUCAGACCUGGCUCAGUUUGACAGACCCCUGUGGUUUUCUUUAGUGGAAAUAGCUAGUAAAGGAUGAAAUACCUAUUUUUGAACUGACUCACUGAAAAAUCUUGUGUGGGGGUUUCUGUGUGAAUGCUUUAUUCCCUUAUCAUUUAUUUGCCUUUCACUUGUGGAAGCAUUAAUAUUUUCUCAGAGAUAGCCUGCUGGAAAAAAACUUGGCUAUUAAAAGCAUCCACAAUGGAAUUCCAGCACUGUCAGUUGUGCUAGUGAGGAGGAGGCACUGUUCAGGGUUUCUACAGGUUUACAGAGUUUGGCUUAAUUCCCAUUAUAACCCGACAAUUUAAAUAGCAGUCAGACUUAGUUCUGACAAGUUGUAUACACAAGUUUUCAGUCAAACUGAAGCUGUUUUUCUUCUUGUAGCCCAUGCCACAUUUAUUUUAUGAAUUGCAUCACAUAUGACAGAAGUGAGCCAGUGAAUUACAUCUGUAUAAGAUCGCAUUGAGAAACACAUCACAGCAGCAUUCUUAACCUAGUGCAGUAACAGCUGACCCACACAACAUAACAUCUCAAUCAGGGCCGGACGUUGUUCUGUAAAGUAUGAUUUGUUUGACAAAAUUGAUUUGCAGGCCAGAAAAGGAUCAUUUGCUACAUCCUUAAUAAUUUGCUACAUUCUUUCAAUCUAGUUAUAGAGGUAUAAUUUGAUUGAGAAGGCAGCAGUAAGGCCAUUGGAAGGAGUUGUUAAAGAAAACACGCUGUCCUGAACAAAUACCCAACAACUUGAGUGCCUGACAAGACAACUCCCUGAUUUCACUCCUGUA